AUGUCUUCCAUACAAUUCGAAUUUCGGGUACCAAGAGGAGUUGAAAGCUUCCAGUUACAAAGUGGAAUAUGGCUUAUGAAGAUAUGGGGAGCCCAAGGAGGUUCCUUCAACUCUUCCGGGGGCCAUGGUGCAUAUUCCGAAGCAAUCUUGAUAUUAGAUAAAAUAACCACACUUUACGCAUAUGUUGGAGCACAAGGAAAGUGUGGCCAUACAAACUUCACGACAGGACCAUUCCAGGGCGGUCCAAAUAAAAUAUGCGAUUUCGAUUCAUGUACAGGUGGCUCCGCUACCUUUAUUUCGAGAGAUCCAUUUGGGAAAAACAUUCUCCUGAUAUCUGGUGCAGGAGGUGGAUCUGGAUAUUGCCUUGGUGAGUUUUUUGGCGGUGUUGGCAGUCCUUUUGCCGGAGAUGCGCUUGGAGAUGCAACAGAACUUCCAAAAGAAGAUGUGAAGAAAGUCAGAGGCAAAGGAGCAACGUCAACUAGGCCUGGAUCUGGCGGAAUCUAUAUAGGCAAUAAAAAUUAUGGACCUACCCAAGGAAUAAUCGGAAAUUAUUUGAAAGGUGGUGAUGCAAAUUGCAGCGCCUCUGGAUCGGCUGGGGGCGGUGGAAGCGGGUAUUUCGGCGGUGGCGGUGGUGCAGAUCUGGCAGGUGGUGGUGGUGGGAGCAGCUACGCAUCGCCAGAUCUGUACAACGUCAUUUUACUCGGUGGUGACAAAACAUUCAAUUCACCGAGUGGAAAUCCCGUCAUCGGCCACACUGGCGAUGGUUUCAUCCGAAUUGAACCAUCGAGUCCUUUCACUCUUGAGAAGAACACCAUUGGCUGCAAAUGUUCUUACCAACGAAAUAACUUUAUUUUAUACUCUGCUCAUCUUUUCAGCAUUGGAUUGGUCUCUCUGAUGUUUGCAUAA